AUGCAGGCAAUGCUUUCCCGCUCCCCGUUGGCUGCCUACAGCUUCUCCAACGAUGAGGGCACAAACAUUCGCGUCUGUUACCAGGACGAUCAUGGCAACAUCGGCCAGAUCUCCUACGACGACCGCCAGGGAUGGCAUCCAGGCACUCAUGGCGUCGUCGGGCGUGCGGACCUCAAUACUGGUCUCGCCGCUAUAGCCUACGACAGUGGGAAGAAUGAUCGUGUGUACUACAUCAGGGGGGGUAAACUUGUAGAGCGUUGCCAUGAUAAAGACAAACGUGGCUGGUACAACGGCGGGCUGACCGGCCUGUUCCCUGUCGCCCAUUACACCCAGCUAGCUGCAGCGGGCGAGAGCUUUAGCACACUACGAGUUUACUACCAAGACCGCGAGAACUUUGUUCGCCAAGCCCAUUGGACCCCCCCGUGGAUACAGAAAGAUUUACUGCAUAGCUAUUGUAUGCAGCCCAUCACUGGAACUAGCAUCGCGCUUUCAUGUCUUUAUCAGAAAGUACAGCGGACCCCCGCUGGAGCGAUCUUCCAGCUGCAUAAUUCACAGCUGAGAGAGCAGCUGCCAACCGAAGCUGGCAAUCAUGAAAAGAAAGGCAUUUUCGAAUCACAGCUUCUAUAUAACCCGGGUGCAUCUAUUGCAUGUGUCGCCUACGGAGAUGAUAACCGAAAGGUCUAUACAGUAGACCGGGACAACAAGCUAUGCGUGACGGAUUCUAUUACCGGCACUAAUGACUGGGGAGAGACGAAGCAGCUGACUACGGUCAUCCCACAGUCCAGUGUAGCGGCGGUGAUGAUCUCUGCAAACCUGCCGCAGGUCAGGAUCUACACCCAGGUGGCUCCAGUGGGAUACAGGUGGUAG